AUGUCACAGGCACUUCCUGUUCUUAUCGAGCAAGACAAUAUUCGCAGGCAUCUACAACGUCUGCAAGACAUCGCUGACGCAAGCAAUGGGAGUAGAAUGGCUGGUUCCGUUGGCCAUAAUCGAACAAUCGAGUACAUCAAAGACGAACUUCGCAACCUAGGGUACUACGUCGAAACUCAGAAAGUCGAAGCAAUGAUGCCAGUCAACAGCGAUGCCGUUCUGAGUGUGAAUGGCGACCAUUUCCCAGCCGAUCCAAUCGGAUGGUCUCCUUCUGUAACGCUAAUCCAACAUCGUCUCGUCGUAGUUGCAGAGGAUGGAUGUAAUCUUUGGGACUAUCCUUUCGAAUCCAUGGGGGCGAUUGUGUUGGUUAAUGGAGAUGGAUGUUCUUUCUCUCUCAAAUCUAGAUAUGCCCAAGUCGUCGGGGCAGAUGCCCUUAUAAUUUACGAGGACGCGCAGCUCAUUCCAAAUCUAGGUCAACAGAGUCGCUUUAAUGUCCCGUCAGUCAGGAUAUCACAAACGGCUCUGCGCGACAUAAUGAACCUGGAACCUCCGUUAUACGUUGAUCUUUUUAGGGUUUCCUCGGAACUUCAAUGGGAAUGUGGCGACGACGAAAAGACGUUGUUGGUUGGGACACAUACCGAUUCGGUUGAUGAGAGCGCAGGCAUGAAUGACAAUGCGGGCGGUAUUGCCAGUCUUCUCGAGGUAGCCGCCCAGGUCACGAAGUUCAAAACCAAGUCAAGAGUCAAGUUUGCGUUUUGGACUGCGGCCGAACCCUGCUUAAUAGGCUCGAAGUAUUUUGUCCAGAACGCCUAUCCAGAAGAACUUCGGAAAAUUCGACUUUACCUCGAUGCCAAUAUGCUCGGCUCGCCAAACGGUGCGCUGAAGAUCUACGAUGGAAGCGGCACCUCCUUCCGGCACGAGAGCGUUGCGCCCCUCGGCUCUAAGGACGCCCAGGCGACCCUAGUGAACGGGUUUGAGGCUCAGGGUGCGGAAUCGAUCAUGAGCACUAGAAUCACCAACCGUAGUGACUAUGCCACAUUCUUCGACGCUCAUAUACCUUUUGCGGGUCUAUUUAGCGGUGCCGAUGGACUCAAAACCGAAAAAGAGGAAGAAUUAUUCGGAGGCAGAGCCGGGUAUCCAUAUGACGAAAACUACCAUCAGCCGGAGGACGAUAUAACAAACAUCAACAUGACAACUUUAUUCCUGAACACCAAGGCCUUAGCUCACGCUGUCGGGACAUACGGAAGGAGUUUCGAUGAAUUUACUGCAUUGACAAUGUCGGCAGCCUGGCGGUAUACGACAACGGCAAGAUACUCGACCCUAAUAACUCAGGCAUGGGUGACUUACAGCUUUCUUGCAUACGCCUUGUAG